AUGCAGAAAUUGAGCCUGACAUCUCACGACCCGGAUGGGUCCCAGUCGUCUGAGGACGGCACCAUCGCGGCUUCUACUGGAAGCGCUCCUUCCCAAAGCACUCCUUCCCUCACCGUCACCAAUGUCUCUCGGUCUCCAUUCUCGAAAGGCUGGGGUGUACCUCGCCCAAGCGCUGUCCUUCGCAAACAGGUCAAGAGUGCAAGGCGUCACAAUCAACGGCUCUCAGAAAAUCGGAAGGCACUUCGCCGGGAGCGAGACUAUCUGGCUGGCGACCUUUCGGAUGCUGAGGCUGAAAUUUUGAGACUGAAGGCGCAGAUAAACGACAUGUUGAAGGUCGACGAAGCCAAGACUUUGCGCCUUGCAAAGUUGAACGAGCAGAUCUCGGACUCGCGUCUAUCUCUUCAAGGGGCACGGGCUGAGAAUGAUAGACUCCAGGAGAGAGCCCGGAUUGCACAAGCGGCUGCUCUACGCGCCACGGAAACAGGAAGGCCCGUCCCCAUGGAAGAUAGGGAGGUCCGGGACAAGCUUGAGACUCUGGAGGAAAAGCUGAAAGGGUGGGCCAGGUGUUACGCUGUGGAUGACCUCGCGGCACUGAAUCAAGUCUCCGAUGAAAAGAUGAAUCGCGUCAUAUACAGGCUGAGCGGAUACUGUCUGCAGGAGGAAUGGUCGGAACUCAAGUCUCGCUUCCCAACCCUGAAGAACAAACUGCCGUACAUGCUCUCGCAGGCUUUGCUCGCGAAGACCAUUUUUGAACGCAUUUUCAACAACCCAUUCUUCAUCUUCCCUGACUCGCAGCACUACCACAAUCUUCCAGGACGUGAGAACAUGGGGGUCCUAUACGACAGACUGUACGAGCGAGAUGAGCCAGGAAGCCACAAGUGGCGGUCGCAUACGCUCUUGAUGCUUAAUAAUGGCAAAGGACAUCAGACCAGCAAUUACGUUGACACUGCCCUCGACAACUUCAGUCGCAGCCUAGAAAACCAGAUUCUCAGUGGACCUAUCCAAGUCCUCCUGAAGCCGGUGUCGGGCCAGAUCCAUGCCGACAAGCGUGCCGACAGCCUGCGUGGCAUUAUCCGUACAGCCGGGGAGCUUGCAUUCCGCUUGUGGACUCAGCACGUCUACCCAACAUGCCACAGCCUAGGCAAAGCCUGCAAGUUCUUUUCAGUAGACUCUGGGAUGCAUGCUCACCGUCUUCAUCGGCUUGAAGACGACGAUCCAAGGUUGGAUGGCCACAGAGUCGCAAUCAUCACUCAACCGCUGAUCUUGGCAUGGGGGGAUGAGAACGCGGAGAACUACGAGAACAGCAAGGUCUGGGCCAAGGCAGUCGUCUGUGUGGAUGAGUUGGGGGUGAAGACCGAAAAGGAUGUACAUGGGAGACCUUGGGGAGCCGGAUGCCAGAUUGAAGUUGGAUGA